AUGUCUGCUCCAUGUCAUUGCUCGAAGAGUGAGGGAACCUCACAAUAUGUCGAUGAACAUAUCUCUAGUGAUCCUCAUCACCCUGCCAACUUAAUUUGUGAAUUAUGUCGCUUGUUCUACGAUAAUAAUUGGGUCACCGGUACAGGAGGUGGAAUUUCGAUCCGUGAUACAAAGGGACCAAACCCAAACUUGGUAUACAUUGCCCCAUCAGGUAUCCAAAAGGAAAGACUCCAACCAUGGGAAAUGUUUGUUGCUGAACUUCCAGAUGAGAAACUCAUCCGUACUCCAAACAGUUGUCCACCUGAACUCACCAAGUCAUACAAGUACAAGCCUUCUGCUUGUACUCCACUUUUCAUGAGCUGUUAUACUCUCAGAGAUGCCGGUGCAUGUAUCCAUACCCACUCACAAGCUGCUGUCAUGUGCACUCUCUUAUGGGGUGACAAGGUUGAGUUUGAAAUUUCACAUAUCGAACAGAUCAAGGCCCUUCCUAAAUUAGCUGUCAAUGAAUCCACUGGGAAGAUUGAAAAAGUUGGAAGUAUGCAAUUUUAUGAUACUCUUGUUAUUCCAAUCAUUGAGAACACUCCACAUGAAGAAGAUUUAACCGAUAGUCUUCAAGAGGCAAUCAAGAAGUAUCCUGGAACCACCGCAGUUUUGGUUAGAAGACAUGGGAUUUAUGUCUGGGGAGAAGAUGUAUGGAAGGCCAAGGUCUACAAUGAAGCAAUUGAUUAUUUGCUUGAGUUGGCAGUCAAGAUGAAACAAUCAGGAAUUGCCACGGUUAAGGAGGCUUAA